AUGGGAGAAACUGAGCUCUGCUUCCCGCAGCUCUUCAACACCUCCUGCUGGAAGCCGAAGCGUCCACUCAGCGAGGCUGUGCUCAUUAACUCUCUGCUGUCCUUCAUCUCUCUGCUCACUGCUUCUCUCAACCUGCUCGUCAUUAUCUCCAUCUCCCACUUCAAGCAGCUCCACACUCCCACCAACCUCCUGCUAUUGUCUCUGGCUGUCUCAGAUUUCUUCGUGGGCCUCGUUAUGACAUUUAUGAUCAUUCUCACCAACGGCUGCUGGUUUCUUGGUGAUGUUAUGUGUGUAUUAUAUAGUGGUUUGACUUGCCUAAUCACCUCAACCUCAGUAGGAACCCUGGUACUCAUAUCAGUCGACCGCUAUGUGGCCAUUUGUGACCCUCUCCGCUACACCACUAAAGUCACAGUGACAAGAGUUUCUGUAUGUAUUUCUCUCUGUUGGUCUUUUUCUUUCCUGCACAACAGCUUCAUUUUGAGAGAUAACCUCAUACAGCCAGGCAUGUAUAACUCCUGCUAUGGAGAGUGUAUAGUGAUCAUUAAUUACACAGUUGUAGUUGUGGACUUAUUCCUGACGUUUAUUGGCCCUGUUUCAGUGAUCAUAGUUAUAUAUAUGAGAGUGUUUGUGGUGGCUGUGUCUCAGGCCCGGGCCAUGCGCUCUCAGAUUAAGACAUUUCAGGACCAGGAGCCUCAGUUGGAGUCCCGCUUCUGGAGGGCCUUCUGCCAACUGUUGGGGGAGCAGGUGGACGGUGCUGAGGUGGUGUUACAGAAGUUGGGGGCUGAGCUAAUCUCUGGGAUUGGGUUCAGCUGCUACCAGGAGUGCCUGCUGACUGCCCAGCCAGGAAUCCUUCCGCCUUUGACCACCCGCCUCAGCCGUUCACCUGCCUUCAUCUGA